AUGAAGCCUACCAUCGGAGUCCUCGCCUUGGAAGAUGAUCACACUAGCGCUACCUCGGCUCUCUCUGAGUCUGCGUCAUACGAUGUUGAGGAAGCCUUGGAUGAGCUUCCUUCGGCGAGUUCUUUUCAAGAGAAGGAUGAGCUUUCGGCUCCCGCAGAGGUCGCCAAAGAGAUUGCAGCGGAAGACAGCGAUUCCUAUAUUGGAUCCGAUGAAGACGUGGGAGCUCUUCCUCACAUAGUGAUGGUGCUCGGAGUCACUUUUGUCCUCGUUAUGGGAGUGUUCCAAGCCGUGAUCAUCGGGAGCAGCAUCUACCAAAAGCACGGCCAGCAAAAUACCAAAAAAUCCACCCCGGUGGUAGCCGCUGACCUCCCCUUCCAACUGGACGAGCUCCAAGCUCAGACAGUCGCCGCCCUGGAGGAUCCUUCCAGCCCAGAAUCAAUGGCCUUGUUAUGGCUUCGAAACGAUUUCGGGGUGAAUGAGCAUUCCAGGGACCGCAGCUUGCAGCGCUUCCGCAUGGCUCUGGUGUAUUAUGCCCUGAACGGUCAGCAAUGGAACUCCAGCAAGUCCUGGUUGGAUCAUGGCCUUCAUGAAUGCCACUGGUUCAAUGGCUGGCAUGCAAACAACGCCGUCUGUGAGUUUGAUACUCUUGUCAUGCUUGAUCUUAGUGAGAAUGGUUUGAAAGGAGUAUUGCCUGUUGAGCUUGGAGAGCUCCAGUCUUUGCAUCGGCUUGACCUAUCAAGAAACCCGGAUCUCAUGGGCAAGAUUCCAGCACGUUUGUGUGAACUCAAGAGUGAACAGCAACUGCAGAUCGUAGCCGAUUGCUCCUCUUCUCUUCAAUGCUGCUAG